GGGUCUCUCUGUAAGAUCCUUGCUGGUUGUCAGGGUCAGGGCGACGACUCAGUGACUGUUCCUGUGACCCCCUAGUGCUGUGGGAGCUCAGAGGCCAAGUUCUCAAUUUCCUGUGAUGCUUAUCUUCAGAUGCUCAUCUGUGUAUAAAAACAGGAAGGAGCCUUCUCAGAGAAACAAGAAUCCUGGCGGCAGCUCGGGUGUCAGUGCCUUUUCCACCUUCCAUCAGCUUCUCUUCAUCUGAGAUACUUCAGCAGCAGAAGGUUCUGCACCACCUUAAUGGUCUUCAGCAUGGAGCUGGUGACCUUUGAAGAUGUGGCUGUGUAUUUCACACGGAAGGAGUGGGGAUGGCUUGAUCCUGCUCAGAGGGAUCUUUACAGAGAUGUGAUGCUAGAGAACUAUGGAAACUUUGUGUCAAUGGGGCUUCCAUUCUCCAAACCUGAUGUUAUCUCCCAGCUGGAGCAAGGAGAAGAGUCCUGGGUUGAGGAUAUGCAAGAGCCUGAAGAAGGAGAACUUUAUCCAGUUGUUUACAGUGGUUUUAAAAACAAAUCUGAGAAUGAAAAUUUUACCCUAAGGGAGGAAAUCCCUAAAACAUUUGAACUAUAUGGAAAUAUGAUAGAAAAAUCCCCAAGGGACAUAGUCCAAACUGCAGAAUUUGGCCUAGUCUUUGGACAGGAAAACAGUUUAGAAGGGCAGACAAGACACUUCUUAGAGGAGAGAUGGAGUAAAUCAGCUUUGCAAUCGAGAGGCUCUCAGCAGCUGACAAUUUUUCACAACCAGAUGUCUAGAGAUGAAAGCCAAGAGUAUGAUGAAUUUGGUAAAACCUUCAGUUGGAGCUCAAAGCUCAUAACUCGUCAAAGAAUUCCUAAAAGAGGAAGAGGCCGAAAUUUUUCUCAGCAUUUAGCCCUUAUUCAACACCAGGGAAUUCACAAUGGAGAAAAACGUUAUGGAUGUCGUGAUUGUGGCAAGACUUUCAGUCAGAAGUCAGGAUUCACAAGACAUCUGAGAAUUCACACUGGAGAGAAGCCCUAUGAAUGCAAUGAAUGUGGGAAAAGCUUUAGUCGUAGCUCAAAUCUCACGGAACAUAAAAGAAUUCAUACUGGAGAAAAACCCUACAAAUGUAACAAAUGUGAUAAGGUCUUCAGGCUAAAAUCAAAUCUUAAUUGUCAUGAGAGAGUUCAUACUGGGGAACGACCUUAUGAAUGUAACAUCUGUGGGAAAAACUUUCCUCAAUUGUCCAGUGUUAUGAAGCAUCAGAAAAUUCAUACUGGAGAUGGUACUUGUAAAUGCAUUGAAUGUGGGAGAAUCUUAAGUAGCCAGCUCCGCCUUAUUGAACACUGCAGAAUUCAUACUGGUGAGAAACCUUUUCAGUGUAGUGAAUGUGGGAAAGGCUUAAGCAGCAGGUCAAGUCUUCUUCAGCAUUACAGGAUUCAUUCAGGUAAAAAACCUUUUAAAUGCAACGAGUGUGGAAAAUCCUACCGUAAAUUCUUAGGCUUAAUUGAUCAUCAAAGAUACCAUACUGGAGAGAAACCUUAUAUUUGCAAGGAAUGUAAAAAAGCCUUCAGCCGCCAUUCAGUCCUUAUUCGACAUCAACGAUCUCACACUGGAGUGAAACCAUUUAAAUGUGAUGAGUGUGGAAAUACUUUCACUCGAAGAUCUGUCCUUAAUGAACAUCUAAGAAUACAUUCUGGAGUAAAGCCAUAUGAAUGUAAUGAGUGUGGGAAAACCUUUACUCGAAAUUCUACCCUUAAUGAACAUCAGAGAAUUCACACUGGGGAGAAACCUUAUGAAUGUAAUGCAUGUGGGAAAACCUUCAGAUGUGGUUCAUAUCUUACUAUACAUCAGAGAAUUCAUACUGAGGAGAAUCCAUAUGCAUGUAAUGUAUGUGGGAAAAACUUUAGUUUGAGCUCCACACUUAUUCGACAUCAGAGAAUUCAUACUAGGGAGCAACCUACUAGGCUCUAAGCUCCUUGAGGCCAGUGACCUAAUCUUAGUUAAACUUUGCAUUUUCCCCUACCUCUGCACCUUGCUUAGUUAAUUGUUGAAUUGAAUUAAAUGUUAUGAACAUGGAAAUGCCUUCAGAGUUCUGAUCUUAUCAGAUAGUAGAGAAUUCAUACUGGAGAGAAGCCAUGUGAAUAUAACAUAUAAAGAAAAGCCAUUAUUUACCAAUCAUUUCUCAUUUGAGAUCAGAGAACUUAGACUCCAGUUAACUUGUAAAUGAAAUAGUCAUUGAGAAUGGACAAUCUAGAUGGGAGAAUCUGUGGUAUGUCACAUUCUUAUAAUAGACUAUAAAGUUUUUGAGGGUAAUGGCUAAAUUUUUUAAAAUUCAGAAUAUAUAGCAUCCAGCCCUGUGCCAUUUUUUAGAGACAUACUUAAUACAUACUUGCUCAAUAAGUGACUAAAUUGAUGACUGUAAAUUCCUUCAGUGGCAACUCCCUUCUUCACCAUUAUAUGAGAAUCCCAUCUUAGAGAAAGAGUAUGAGGAGUUAGGACUGGAGAUUGUCAUGGGAACAUAGGUAGUAAUUAAAAUCCCGUGAAUUAAUGUGGUUCCUAAACAAGUGUAUACUUGGAGAAACAUCUGUUCCUGACAUGUAAAAAAUACCAACAUUUGAAGAGUGGUAAGAAAUAGAAUAGGUACUUAGGUAGUUGGAAGAAAGUCAUUGCAUCACAGAAAAAUAAAACUGGGUUUUAGAGAUAAUUUCUCCAGUUUCAGUUACACAUGUCCAAAAGCUUGCUGAAUAUCCCCAUCGAGUUGUCCUAUUAGCAUCAAAACUAAGCUCACACUUUCCCUCCUAAACCUGUCCCUCCUCUAAACUGCCCUUUUUUCUAUUGAAGGUACCACCAUCUUUAGAUCUUCAUUAAUUCCCACAGUCCUCCUUCAACCCUCCUAUAUCCAAUCAGUUUCCAUGUCCUGCUGUUUCUUUUUUCACAAUGUCUUUCUAAUCCAGUCCCUUCCUUUCACUCACAUAGACAUUACCUUAGUUAAUUAAUGCCCUUCUAAUUGGUCUUCCUGCUUUUAGUCUCUUGCCUCUCCAUCCUUCAAACAACUUCUAGAACAAUCUUCCUAAAGUAUAACUGUGACCAUGCAUUUCUUCUGCUCAAACAACUUAAGCAGCAUCACAGUAGAAUGUAAUGUCCUUAAGGGCAAGGAUUUUUUGUUUGCUUUUGUCUUUUUAUCUUCUGACCCUAACACAGUACAGUACCUUGAAAAUGUAGGCAUUUAAGAAAUAUUUUAAAUUAAAUUUGUUGUUCUAAGUUGAAAGAAACUGACACAAAUGGGGAAGUAAUGGACCUAAGGAAGCCUAGAACUUAAUUCUCCUGACUUUCAGGUCAGUACUCUUAACUGUUUGCUACCUCUUAUAAAGUAUUACUGUAAUUCAGCAGUCAGAUGAAUAGAAGUUCUCCUCUGGUAAAUCUAGCUGCAAAAAAGGCUCUCAACUGUCUUAGAGGGGAAGGAUGUAGAUGGGAGCAUUAAGUGAAAAGGCCUACACUACAGAGAAUUGCUGAAUGGCUCUGCCAGCCUGGGUCUGAAAAACCUAGAAUCAACUUGGUCUGACCUCUUGGGUGGGGAGUAGCCUAGAGGAAGAGUUGAAGAGACAACUGAAGAAUUGCCACAUUAUGGCACUUAGUGGUGACUUUAAAGAAUCUUAAUUAACUUAAUUGUUUCCCAAAGGGUGGGAUGUUUAAUCACGAGCGGUGCCACUAAAAUGAGAGGUGAGGAUUCAAAAGACAUAAUUGUACUGAGCUGGGGGAGCAUAAAUUACUUCAGAGAUGUUUGCUAUGAACUUCACUGCAUCUUUGCUGUGUGUAUCUAUAGAACCAUGUUAGAGUGCCUAAAAGAGAAGAUAGAAUCCUUGAGCUUGUUGAAUUUGGGCAGCAUGAAGUUGUUAUCCAAAGUUGUUACUGUGCAGAGGAUCAUGGGGAGGGGCUCCUGGGGGAAACUAAUAAGUUAGGAUUCUGGUGUGGUAUAGUGGAAAGUAACCUGGAUUCAGUACUUCCUGGUAAAAUUAGGGAAUUGGACUAUUCCUGUAGUUCCCAGCCGUAUAUCAUGGGUCCUUGGGUGCUACAAAAUUAUUGUGUUGUAAAGGUUCCUGAAUCCAUAUGAACACCAAACUCUGCUGUUUUGAUUUUUAACUCCAAAGAAAUAUUUUAGUAUGAAUAAUGGGGUUUUUGUUGACCAGUUUUAUAUUAUUGAUGUUUCAAUUGUGCCUAAUAAGAAAAAUUUUUUCCUGACCUUUCAGAAUGAAAUAUGACCUUUACUUUUGCUGAAACCUGCCCUCUCCUAGAGUGGGUCUUUGGAGUUGUCUACUCUCUGAUUUCACGAGGUAUCAAAUUCACUUUUUCACUGAUUUGGUUUUGAAUGAUUAUCUUCUCUUUCAGCUUAAUCCAGUUUAUAUUUUUUUCUCUGAUGAAAGGUUCUAAGACUAUAUUGUGAUAUUUUAGAGAGUAGUUGCUUGUGAAUUUUUGUGAUUUCAGUGGUUAUUUGGGCUUGGAGACUUUCCUACCAGAGAUCAGUUUUGGAUGCUUAAUUUACCCAGGAUAUCUUUUUCCUUAUCAAUUUAUAAGAUGUAUUUUAGUGAGAAUGCUGAAAAGAACAAUUAGAACAUUCAGAACCAGAUGGAUUCCAGUGCCCUUCAAGGAGCCUUCAUAUAGAAGUAUGGUGAGCACUACCAAGAGGGCUUGCAGUGAGUUUGCUGAUUGAAUUACUUGUGAGUCAUUGUGUUUAUGGCUGUAAACAGUUGCUGUAUUUUCAUUUUCAGUGGAGGCAACUGUGUUUACAGCAGAUUUUUGGAGUAACGUCAGUGUAAGUGAAGUAGAAUUAUAAAUAAGCAAACAUACCUUCAGUAGGCUAAAUAAAUAU